AAGAAGCGGGCGUCGUGUAGUGACAUUGGGAAAAAGUCAUAGAACAACAUUUUUAUGACUUUAAAAACGCAACACAUUUACAUUCGCCGGGUUUCGUUCGAGCUCUAGACAUGAUGUCGAAAAGCUGUGGAAAGAGAGGCGCUGCCUGCGCCGCCGGGGCGAUGUUCACCUGUCUCGCGGUGCUCCUGGUGUCCGCGCAGCGCCGCGCGGCCGUCCCCGCGGCGGAGGAGGCGCCGAGCGCCAGGGACGCGGGCAUGCGCGCGCUGCAGAGCCUGGACACGGCGCGCGCCCCGGGUGACCGGCGGCGGGACGAGUCGCGAGCGGGCCAGGCCGGCGGCGGCGGCGGCGGCGGCGGCGGGUUCUCCGCCUAUUUCAGCAAGCUGGCGCGCGGCAGGAGAGAGGUCCGGAGCCCGGAGGAGGAGGAGGCGCGAGGCAGGGCCACCGCGGAGCCGCCCCCCGCCGAGGACAUCGGCGCGAGCGACGUGUUCGUCGCUGUGAAGACCACCAAGAAGUUCCAUCAGUCCAGGCUGGAGCUGCUCCUUCGGACGUGGAUCUCAAGGAACGUGCAGGAGACUUACGUCUUUACGGAUGGGGAGGAUGAAGAGCUGAAGAAGAACAUCGGGAGUCACGCUGUCAACACCAACUGCUCCGCGGCGCACAGUCGCCAGGCGCUCUCCUGCAAGAUGGCAGUGGAGUACGACAAGUUCAUCGAGACUGGAAAAAAGUGGUUCUGCCACGUGGACGACGACAACUACGUGAACAUGCGGGCCCUCGUCAAGCUGUUGUCCCUCUACGCUCACACUCAGGACGUGUACAUCGGCAAACCCAGCUUGGAUCGGCCCAUCGAAGCCACGGAGAGGCUCGGAGACAACAAGAUGAGGCCUGUCAAUUUCUGGUUCGCGACGGGCGGCGCGGGAUUCUGCGUGAGCCGAGGUUUGGCCCUGAAGAUGAGCCCGUGGGCAAGCGGAGGCCACUUCAUGAACACCGCGGAGAGGAUUCGCCUGCCGGACGACUGCACCGUCGGCUACAUCGUCGAGUCCGUCCUGGGGGUCAGGUUGAUCCGCAGCAACCUGUUCCACUCCCACCUCGAGAAUUUGCAGCAGGUGUCCACGACCGAGCUGCACAAGCAGGUUACGCUGAGCUAUGGAAUGUUUGAGAACAAGAGGAAUAUCAUCAAUGUGAAGGGAGCCUUUUCGCUGGAGGAGGACCCAUCCAGGUUCAAGUCCGUGCACUGUCUGCUGUACCCAGACACCCCCUGGUGCCCCUCCCAGGUUGCCUAUUAAGGGUGACCGCCCUUUCUCCGGAAUCCUCGUCCCCACGGUGCCUCGGUAUCUGAAAGGCACACGGGACCCAUGUCAUUCGGGGUCAGGAGGGUCAUCGCAUUUUUGCCGCGACGGCCCGUCGGCCCCGUUAGUUUUGCCGGGCUGCUGUGCGGCCCAAGGUGCUCCCGCGCAGAUGCCGCUGCGAGGAGGCGGAGCAGAGCGCCCUGCUGAGCGGGAUGUCCGCGGACAUCAUGCUGUAAACGGUGCUUCGUGUCCUAUUCGCUAUUCUCAUAGAAUGUAUGCUUAUAUACCAGUGCCUUUGCCAGCUUUUACUCGCUUUUACUUCAUCUCCUCUAUCAUUAAUAUUAAGCUUUAUUACUGUAUUUUUUUUUACAUUUCUCGAUUAACAUUUUGGAUGCAGUUUUAGGUAGUUAUGAAAUUAUGUGUGAAUCUGAAGAGAAACCUACGAGACUUAUUUUGGUAGACUCCGGACAAAACCGCACGAAGGCCUUUUAUGCAAUUUUUUUCAGUAUUAUAUUUUAUGAUUAUAGCUGGUCAUGGGCAGUUAUGGAUUUGUACUCGGAUGUUCUUAUUUUUUGAGGUGUAGCACUUUUUCCCCAUUAGAUUUGCUAUGCUUCAAAUAAGCUGAAGGAAGAUAUCCCAAAAAUUAACUUUUUGUGUAGGUUUCGUUAUAUUUAAUACCUUAUAUACAUUGUAAAGAAAAAUAAUAUAUUAACAUUGAGAAAUUAAUAUUACAAUCAUCUUGUGAUGCAUAAGGACGUGUUCAAGGGUUACUUGCACAGCUUCCUUGAAAUAAUUGUCGCUUGUUCUCGAAAAAGCCUCGUGUACAUAAAGGGAAAUCUGUUUAUCAUCCUGCCGCCUUUUAAACUGUUCAUGCCACCGUAAAAUAAGAUACUGGCGCAUCUGUAUGAGCACUACCAAUAAUAUCGCUGUGCUUUUCGUCGAUGUGUUUUAAAGGUCACCGUGAAACAAAAAUAUCGUUCAGACGCAGUUUCCCUGCGUUCCGUCCCAAGAUCGUGAGCCGUUCUGUAACACACGCUAUACCGUCUCGAGUCUUUCGUACUACGGUUGUACUAUGGUAGGGCUUUACGAGAACUUCAGCAGCCUUCUGCGCGCGCAGACGAUAUCUCUUCUGUGAGAAUGACCCACACUGGGUUUGUCUGUAAAUAUAUUUGAAGCAGUAUUUUUCUACUGUGCAUUUUGAUUUUUAAAACGACUGUG